UCCUCAAAAUAAAUGAAUCAAAAGGGCGAAAUCACGAGUAAAAAAUGAACAACCUCGCAGAUACCAUUGCUCGUUUCCACAAUACAACACUCUCAGACGAAAAAGGAAAAUGAAGUCUCCAAAAAGUAGAUAGAUUGCUGGAGAAGCUCUCCAAUUGACAAAGAAGAUGAGAUUCUGAAAAAUUAAUGCAAGCUUCGAAGACAAUGCGAUACGAUGAGCUAAGUACCGUAAUUCAAUUGAUCCAAAAGGAUUUGGAUAUCAAUACAGAUGCUUCCAUUAUCCUGAAAGGAGUUCACAGGAAUGCUCCAAAAAUGUUUCAUUCAAGAUAGUUCGAAGAAGUUGUUGAAAAGUUUUACAAGGAAAAAUUCGACAAACGGAACGGAUACCAGCACCAAGAACGACGCAGGGCCUAGUUCCAAAAAAUUGAAAAGACCUCUACCCCCUGAUGAUGAUGAUGAGGAGUCGGACGCUGCAGUGAUUGUAAUUCUUGAACUAUCAAUGUUACCUAUCAAGGCGACAAAGGAGGAAAUCAAUCAAUACUUCAAAAGAUGCAAGCCAAAACCGAGUGAGCCAACAUCAAUCACGGUUCUUGGUGACGGCGUUGCCGAGGUCACCUUCACUGAAGAAAUGACCACCCGUGCGAAAAGAUGGUUGUCGAAGACACUGUUGGAUGGAAAGAAGUCCAAAUUAAUUAAAAAAAUGCGCGGACGCAUCCUUCUCUGCACGGAUAACCAAAGUCAGAUUUUUUUAAAGAUAAAUAUAUUAUCGAAAAAAUACGAUCGCGCAAUUUUCUCAUAAUUAAUUUUUGAUUAACCUGGUUGACUAGGCUUCCUCCCCUUUUUAAAAUGUAUAUACCUUUGUUCUGAUUAGAUAAAACAUAAAAAUUUGGAAUGUUA